AAAUCUCAUAAAUUUAGUCAUGAAUAUCAAACCAACCAAACCUCAAAAGCAAGUGUGAAGCGGGCAGAGCUCUACAGCCAAAAGAUAAGACAAAAGCAUUGACUACCUAAUUGAGUUCACCUAUAUUGUUUACUAUAAGCGACCCUCUGCCUCUGCCUCUAAAUAUCAAAUGCUCUCCCACUUCCUCAAUCUUUAUCUUUCUUCACUUAGUAAUCUUGUUUUCCCUUUCAAUCUUUGCUCCCAAAAUCAAGCUUUUUCCUUUAUUUAUAUUGCUUGGGGAAGGAGAAAUGGAGGAGUCUAACAAUUAUGGCCACCAACAUCCCCUGCUUCUUAUCUUGGAUCAAGACCAGCUGAUCCACAAUCAAAGUGGUGUAACUCAUUGCUCCAGGUGCGGGGAGGAGGUUUCUGCUCCAUGUUUUUGCUGUGUGGAGCACUGUGGGUUUUAUCUUCACAAGGCAUGUGGCGACGCACCUUUGGAGCUUAAUCAUCCUUUUCAUCCUCAUCAUCCUCUUCUUCUUAUGAAAAAUGCACCUUAUUCAAAUGGAGUGUACGCCUGUGAUUUUUGUGAUAAAGAGGAUAAUAAGUUUGUUUAUCACUGCUCUUGCGGAUUGGACUUUCAUAUUAAAUGUGCUUUGUUUACAUUUAAUAUUGCUGAGAAUAAUUUGAAAGAGCUUGACCAUGUUGCCCUUCAAGAUGAAGAACUUGAAGAUGAUAGUAAGUGCUUUGGGUGUUGGGAACCAUUAGCAAAGUAUACACACUUUUCUCCUGACUGUAGAUUUAAUUUACAUGAAAAAUGCGCUAAGCUUCCUUUCAAACUGAAUCAUAAGUGCCAUCACAAGCAUCCUCUUACUCUACAAUUUAUUAGCGAACAACUCUCUUGCAAGAUAUGCCAAGUAACAGUCCAGCUAAAAGGAUUUGUUUAUGGUUGUUCUCCGUGUAAGUUUGUUGUUCACAUUGAAUGUGUAUCAGAAUCUUUAGCUCUUGUUGUUGAAGAUAAAAGGCAUGAACAUCCUUUCACUUUGUUGCUAAGAGGAUCAUCAUUCAUUUGUGAUGCAUGUGGUAUUGAAGGAAGUUACGCUUCCUACAUAUGUUGUACAUGUAACAUUAUGGUCCAUAAAAAGUGCACUUCAUUGCCACGCAUCAUCAAAAGCAAGUGGCAUGAUCAUCGCCUUUUUCACAAAUAUUUCCUUCACGUGGAAGAUUUUAGAGUUCGGGAUUGCAUAAUAUGUCAUGAUGAAGUCAACAUAGAGCAUGGUAGUUACUAUUGUUCAGAGUGCGAUGUUAUAUUCCAUGUGAAGUGUGCAAUGAAAUAUAAAUAUUCAUAUGAAAUAGUAGAAAAUGAAGAUGAGGAAUCUCCUAAUGAGUCUGUUAGCUCCAUAACCAAGGUUCUUGAAUGGAAUGAUGCUGGAGAAGCCACUGUAAUAGAACAUAUCACGCAUAUUCACCACUUAACGUUAAGUGAUAGAGUAGGUGAGUAUGAUAGUAAAUGUUGUGAUGGGUGCUUGUUACCGAUCUCGGAUUCAUUUUACUACUGUACACAGUGUGAUUUCUUUGUCCAUAAAGUUUGUGUCGAGUUACCAAAGGUAAAGCAGGUUUGGCAUCAUCGUUGCCAAUCAUCACUAGUCCUUACUUCAAACGAAGUAUUUUGGUGUGUAGCAUGUGGUUACUGGUCUAAAGCUUUUGCCUAUAAAUGUGAAGAAUGUAAGGCACGCACAUGCCUUCGAUGUAUAAUUGCUCUUACACCUGGUGCUCACACAUGUGUAGGACAUAAACACCCUGUUUUUCUCUACAUCGAAAAUACAGGGGGAUGUGUUGCUUGUGGUUGUGAUUCCAAUGGUUGUUUGCGUUGUAAGGUUUGCGAUUUUUCUCUAGAUCAUAAAUGUUUUUCAUUGCCUAUUACAUCCCAACACAAAAAUGAUCAACAUCUUCUUUCACUCGCUUAUGGUGAUGAUAAUAGUUAUUCAGAAAGCCAUUUUUGUGAUGUAUGUGAAGAAAGUCGAGAUCCAAAUCUUUGGUUUUAUCAUUGUGCAACAUGUGAUACUUCUGCCCAUGUCAAUUGUGUUCUUGGAGAACAUCCAUUCAUCAAACUCGGGAGUAUCGUUGAAGUAUAUGAGGACACUCAUGAGCACCCUCUCACUGUUGUUAAGAAGGUUUAUUACUAUCCGAACUGCAGUGAUUGUGGUAAGCCCUGUUUAGAUUUGGCUUUGGAAUGUACUGGAUGCAACUUCAUUGUCCAUGCUGGGUGUCUUCAGAUUCGGUGGACUAAGGUGACUGUACUCCAAAACUACCCUUUUCUUUUGCGGAGAACACAGAGGGUACAAUUUGGGGUCAAAAGAGAAAAAGGAGAAGCAAUUGGGCUAGAUUGAAGAAAGGAGCAAAGAAGGCGGGCCAAAAUAGAAUUUUUUCAAAUUGUAAUUAGCUGAAAUUUUAUUUUGACUUAUUAGGGGGAGAAUAUGUAGGGAUUUUUCAUAUCAUGGGAAUAUUUUAUUUCCUUGAUUUUCUAUGGCUAGUGGCUCUUAAUUUAGUAAAGUCACUAGUAUAAAUAGGGGGCUACUUUGUUCAUUUAAUCAUCAAGUUUUUCAUCAAGUUUUCAAUCAAGCUUUCAUCUUUGGAAUGCAAUCUUUC